AGUAUAAUUAACUCAAGAUGGAUGCAAUUUUACUCAGCAGUUUUUUAUCCUUUCCGGUCAUCUUUGGUCUGAUUUUAUCUUUUAUCUUGCUGUGGAUAUUCUUCGAUCGACAGAAAACGGGUAAAAAUUUGCCUCCCUUUCCCGUGCCGCCUAAAAUAAUAUUUGGCCAUUUGUUAGAUUUCAGCAAGAACUACCGCGAGAGACUGCGAGAAUGGCGCGAGAAGACGGGCGAUGUGUACAGUCUGAGAAUGGGUAACCAGCUGUAUAUUGUGGUCAGCGGGUACCAGAACAUCAAAGAGCUACUCAUCAACAACGCGGAAAACAUCCCGGACGCACCGAAGAGUUUGAUCAACGACAUUCUAGGAGAGACAAACAAAGGAAUCAUUGGUGCCAGUGGGGGGAACUGGAAGGAACAGCGCGCCGUGUCGUUGUCCAUCCUUCGAUCUUUCGGCAUGGGGACAAACAUCUUAGCCGUGAAAAUACAGGAAGAAGUCGCGGAAUACCUCGCCGGAUUAGCCGGCUUAAAAGGGAAGCCGUCGGACGUAAGACUUAUGACCAACGUCAGCGUUUCAAACAUCGUCUGUUCCAUUAUCGUCGGGAAGAGGUUCCAUCACGACGAUCGCGAGUUCGUUCGUCUGAUCGGCUUGCUGGGCGACAUCGUGAAAUAUUUACCGCAGAUGCAGUUGUUGAUCUUCAUGCCAAUCUUACGGUUUCUUCCCGGGGAUUUUUUCAAUGCCAAGAAAAUGACCAGAAGCGUUUUAGACGUCAACAAUUUGUUUUGCAAGUUCUACAUUGAGAAAAUUGAAAAAGACUUAAGCGAAAACGAAGAACCGGACAAUUUCAUCGCGGCGUACCUGCUGGAGAUGAAGAAAAGGGAAAUAACUCAGAUCGAUACUAAUCUUGAUCGCUCGAAUUUGAUAUCCGUUAUCAGAAAUCUAUUUAUAGCAGGGACUGAGACGACCAGCACUACUAUACUUUGGUUCAUGCUUUUUAUGCUUCAUUACCCGGAAGUACAAGAUAAGAUAUAUGAAGAAAUCGAAUCAAAAGUCGGGAACGAAAGGGUUCCAGGGAUUUACGAUCGGGUUGGACUGGUUUACCUCAACGCGGUUGUCAUGGAAACGCAAAGGCUGGCGAACGUCGCCCCUAGCGCCCCGCGAAAACAAGUCCGUGUUUCUUUUAACCUAGGGGGCUACGCUUUUCCCGCAGGAAGCGUGGUCGUGCCGUUUCUGGACUCUGUUCUUCACGAUUCUAAAAUCUGGGGCGAUGCCGACAACUUCCGGCCUGAAAGGUUCAUUGACCCCAACGGUCAGCUCCUGCAGCCGCCGGAGUUCAUCCCGUUCUCCAUGGGCAGGCGGGCGUGUCUGGGGGAGGCGAUGGCGAAGAUGGAGCUGUUCCUGUUCCUGUCCGCUGUCAUGCAGAGGUUCAAGCUGGUGCCGGCCGUUGAUGGCGUGUUGCCGCCCCUGGAUGGAGAGUGUGGCGGCACCUACGUUCCGCGGCCUUUUCAACUGAGGUUUGUCGAAAGGCGGGGAUGGAAAUAAUACGAAGCUGACUUUGAUUUGUAUAAGCACGGAGAUGGAAAACAUUGCUUGCUAGAUCACAUUCGUUUCGAUUUUUGUGUUAGUUUGUCCAUGUAAGUUUCAGUUUUAAGUAUGAAUCGAUUUUUCAAUCUACUUAAGAGUUAUGGUUGUCUGGCAGAGCGCUCAACUGCUAUUCUAACGGUUUCGAGUUCGGAUCUUGAUUCGGAUUCGAAACUGCAGGACGUCCAUAGAGUUAAACCAGCUCAGAUGAGUACCUGAGGGCAAGAAUGAUGUGAACUCUACUGCAUCUGCCCUAUGAAUCGUUAAGUUUGAAAAGGGAACUUAACUUAUUAUUUAUGAGUCACUGCUUUUGUAUAUUAGCAAUUGGAUGAGUGGAUUAAAUUCCGAGUAAAGUUCCUCUUUAGACCUA